UUCCAAAUAACAAAAAAAAGGAUAUGAAACGCAAUAAAAGCAUAAACACACACACAGACAGACACAAAGAGUUCACUGAAUGUGGCGCUGCGGCGGCGCUGCCAAGUACUGUCGUAUGCGUUCAGUUCUUUUGCUUUGAAUCCAAGCCUUGGUCACAAAGGCAAUAACAAAAAAAAAAAAAAAAAACAGCAACAGCAACACAAGCCCAAAGCGAAGCGCACAAGGCCAAAAAGGCAAAACCAAAGCUCGACGCACAAAACACAAUGCGAAAGCGUAGCAAAAACAAGGAGCCAAACAGCAGCGGCAGCGCACAGUGUUACAAGUUGUUUGUAAAUUAGCAAGCAAAUUGUUGCUCAAAACAAUUAAUAGCAAAAAUAGCAGUUUUAAAUUGUUUAUAUUUAAUGUUGCGAGUGCACUUGUGAAAUUGCAAUUUUUGGCGGCUACUCAUAUAAACACAGUGUGCAGCGUCGGCUUUGUUAUGAGUACAGGACUUUAGCCAAUGUUGUUGUUGUUGCGGUUAAUGCGAAUUUGGAUGCUCAGAAAAAAAGCUUAGAAAGCCGCGCUGUCGCUGCCGCAGUUGCCGACGCUGCUGACGCGCUGCAAACAAAAGUACAAAAUAUAUACGUACAGAUGCUGCUGUUGAUGAUGAUGAUGAUGACGAAGAAGAAGAAGAAACAAGAACACGAAGAAUAAGCAUAAUAGAAGGCACAACAAGUUAAAGCAAACGCGCAGUUGAACAAUGCCAAAGGGCAAAAGAAAAUGCUUUUAAGCCAAAGCUUACAACAAGUAAAGUGCUAAACGUUAAAUCUCCAAAUUGUGAACGAGAGAGUCGCGAAGUCGAAUUGCAAUUUGAAAACGCCAAUCCGGGCACGUUGAAGAGACAUUAACGCCCGAUUGCAAUGUUUUUGUUUUACCAACGACGCAACUUUGUCAUAUUCAUAACUGAACUACUACUGCUGCUGCUGCUGCUGAGCGAUGACAAUGGCCAACCAAGAACAACAGUUGCUGCCAUUACACAACCGAAGAACUCAAGCCAAUUGAAUCCGUUUCUACAGAUAAAGAAACACGCCCAUACAAGACUGAGCAUAACCAAUCCGCAUGCCACGUACUUUUUGCACUGCACACCAAUCUAUGUGCCCAUUGAUUACUACGAGGAGAGCCAGCCCAUUUACUGUAGCUGGUAUCGCAACAAUGAGGCCAUUGAGCAUCUGUCUAUACGCAAAAAUGACUUUUUCAUCUAUAAGAACGGAACGCUGCGUCUGCCGCCGAAUGAGCGCGCCAGUGGCGUCUAUUACUGCAAGAUAGAGUCUGACGAUGCGGGCGUCAGAUCCGACAGCAUCACAGUCGAGUAUCCAGUACUCAAGCGCAAUUUUACGGCCCAGAGCAGCAACAUCAGCGUUGUGGAGCACCAGCUGCUGGUCCUGGAUUGUCCUUUUGUGAGCGUGCCCGCAGCUCGCAUUAGCUGGUACUUUGGCAACGAUUCUCUGGCUAAUGACAGCAGUGCUAUUCUAUUAUCCAAUGGUACGCUCGUUCUGCGGGGAGUGCGACUGGAACAGGCUGGCAAAUACAAAUGCGUGGCCCAGAACCCAUAUACGAGUCGAAAUCAUCGACAGUUUGUGUGGCAGGUGCAUGUGGCAGGCACUGAGCAGCAGCAGCAGCAGCAGGCGGCAGCGAUAACAGAACUGCUGCCUGCGCUGCAGAAUGCGACGAUGUAUGUGCCCACAGGCGGAUCGCUGCUGCUGCUGUGUCGCGCUCAAGCGGAUUAUGUGCCCAUUGAUUGGUAUAUGCAGCAUCCCAAUAAUACCGUUACACGGCUGAGCAACAACAGCGUGGCGCUGGCCAUAAGCAACGUCAGCAUGGCACGCCAUGAGGGCUAUUACAUCUGCACCACGCCCACGCAUAGGCAAAUGUUUCAUGUGGUCGUCACCAGUGCGCCGCGUAUACUCAACACGCUGCCCGUGGAGCUGGGCUACAUUAGUCUCUCCACCACGCUCAGCUGCCGCGCCGCGGGCAAUCCCAUGCCGCACAUAAGCUGGUACCACAACGGCGCACCACUCAACAGUUCCUACACGCGCUACAUUAGCGGCAAUGAGCUGCACAUACACUCCUUUGAUCCCGAGGAGGAGGGCAUCUAUCAGUGCUUUGCACGCAACGUUGCGGGCGAGGAUUCAGUCACGGGUGAAAUGCGCUUCAAGCGCCAGCCAGAGCAGCCCAAUCCGCUGCAGAAUAUUCGCUGCUAUCCGCACAGCUUCCACACCAUCAACGUAACCUUUGAUAGUCGCACGCUCGAGUCCAUGUUCGUGGUUCACAUUGUGCGCAGCAAUCCGCACAGCUGGAGCUCACUGACGCCGAUGAAGCUGAACCACAGCUCCUUUGUUGUUAUCUCCAACAGCCUGCCCGUCUAUCGUCCCUUUGCGCUCAUCACGCGCUUCCUCUACGCCACCUCCGAGCUGAAUCCGGGCAGCAUAAGUGCUCAGCGGCUGAUACUCAGUUCGCUGCGCAGUCCGGCGGUCAUCUGCUGCACCCAAGGCCUUAUGCUGCGUUUGGUGCAUCUGGGCAACGAUACGUUUGUCAAAUGGUCGCAGGCCGAGCUGGAGGAUAAAAAGUACUUUAUAAUACAGUUCUCCAUCAAUCAUACGCAUCCACAUCCAGCGCAGCUACUCGAGGGUCCACUGCAUGGCACUCUCGCGCCUGUGGCGGAGAAACCCGAGAAGGUGCGACGGCUGUUGACCGUUAUACAGCCACUCAAUCUAACAGCUGCGGCCACAGUGCUGCACAAUGCCGAACACGAGGUGCUGGACAAUGAGGUGGACGAUGUGACGCUCGAAAUGGAGGAGGAUAUCUUCAGCAUUGUGGUGCAUGCGAAUGUUACGGGUCUGCUGCUGCAGCACUUUAGUCGCAUCAAAAUGCGCGUGCUCAUCAUCACCGCCGAGAACGAGUUCCUCGCCCAGGACUUUCGCUACGUACAGUGGAAGACUAUUGAAAACGGCACCUCGGAGCAGGCAAACAAAUCCUUUCGCCUCAUCACCAUGGAGUCACGCAUGUUGGCCUUUCAGUUCCUCGAUAGUCUCAACGAUACUUGCGUCUAUGAAUGUCACUUGCAAGUCCAACUGCCGAUUCCCAAGCAGGAGCCCAAGUGCAGGGAGCGCACCAUUGUCAACUCUGUGCUGCUGGUCAAUGGACUCAACGCCAACGAGAGCUACAACUUUCAUUUCUACAACUGCAAGCCACAGAUUUUCUACGGCGAAAUGGAUGUCACUACUUUACCAGAUCCUCCUGGCACUAUCAGCAAUGCGCAGCUAUUGAAGAGCAGCGGCUUGAAGCUGGUAUGGGAUCCACCACUGCAUCCAAAUGGACGUGUGCAUCAUUACGACAUACGCUACACCUUGGGCAACGUCACACACGAAGCGACUGUCUUGGAAUCAGAUUGCAGUCGCAGAUGCACCUAUAAGUUUCCCAAUGUAAGCGAGACGGACAAAAUUCACGUGGCCGUGCGCGUUGUGGGCGAAACAGGCGUCGGUGCUCCAAUCUUUUUCGAUCUGAUCGAUCCUCACAUCUUGCCGCAUGAGCACAAUCGUAGCAGACAUGAAGUCUACAGCGGCAUAGCCAUUGGCUCCUUGCUGAGCAUUCUAUGCGUCUUGGGCUUUGCUUCGUUCAUUAUACUGCAGCGGCGUCGCUUUAAGGCGCGUGCACAGGCGCCCACGCAUCUGACCACGCCCACAGACAUAAACUUUGGCAAUCUGAGCAGCGCUUCGGGCAUGCCGGGCGACAGUGCUGGCGGCUUGAGCGGCGGAACGCUGCAGCAGGAUUGCCAUGAAAUGCAGACGCUCAUACCGCGCUCACGCUAUCACAUCGAGCUGCUGCCGGAGCACACGCUGGAGUACCAGACCAGCACAACAGCCACUGCAGCAGCCGCACUGCCCAAUGGCAAUGGCGUCGCUCGGCGCAGUGAACAAGAGGCACAGCUGGAGCUGAGCGUUGCCGGCGUGCACAAUCUAUCGCAGCUGCCUUUGUGCGGCGGUGGCUCGCCGGAGCGCAAGACUGUGCAGGAUGCAAUGCUGCAGGAUGCAAAGGCAUUCUAUAUACCCUAUCGCCAUACGCCGCCCAAUGCGGUGGCGCUGCAGGCGGCAGGCAAGCAAAAUGGCGGCGAGCUGGGCUUGGAGCCGACGGCUGCUGCUGCUGCUGCUGUGCCGCCCAACUCGUUGCCCUUGGUGGCCGCUGUGCCUGGGCUGGGGCAUGUGGCGCGUCGCAGCGGCAGCUUGAGCAGCAGCAGCGCCAGCAGCAGCAGCAAUGGCAGCAGCAAAAAACAAUUUCAUACAAAUUUUACGCGUCACUCGAAUUCCAACGAUGGCAUCUGUCUGCUGGCCGAGGAGGAGUCGGCAGCCACUUUAACGCCCACCUCAGAGCAUGAGUAUGCGGUUGCUGCUGCUGGCUUGAGCAAUGGCUUCAAGCUGCCCGCUGAGCUGUCCAAGCAAUGCAGCCAGAGCAACAAUAACAAUAGCAACAGCAGCAGCAACAAACAGCAGCAGUCGCAGUCGCAUUUAAAUGCAUCCAUAGUUCCUGCCAACGGACCACAGGCGCGCAGCACUGUGUCCGUUCACAACAACAAAGCGUCAAUGACCAAACAUCCCUGGCCGGCGGCAACGAAUCUGCAUCGUCGUGCCCAAGUUGAUCCCAAUGGUUAAAAUGGGGUCGGUUGGGUCAUUGUUGGUUGUUAGCUAGCCAAGCAAAAGUAUUCUAUGAAGCUACUACUACUCACCAAUGCACACACACACACACAUACACAUACAUUCGCAGCUCAAAACAUUCCAAAACAGCAUUUAUAAGAAUACAUAGUUUAUAGAGAAGAGAGCGAGAGAGCGCAUACAUUUUAUAAAUGUAUUUAAGCUGCAAGUGCUAGCAGUCAAGUUAUUUAUACACACACACACACACACACACACAUACGAUAUACAUUUAAGUUAAGCUUAUGUGAGUCCUUUUUAUAGCAUAUACAUGUAUUUAUAUAUAGAGGUAUAG